AUGUGCUGCUCACCAGACUGCUUCCUCGCAUUCAUCGCCGUCCUCUUCCCUCCUAUCGCUAUCUGGGUAAAAGUCGGUAUCUGCUCCGCCGACUCCCUCAUCAACGUCGCCCUACUCAUCCUCGGCUACGUCCCCGGCCUCCUACACGCUUGGUACAUAAUCCUAAAAUAUCCAGAAGACGAUAGUGACUAUCCAGACGGCUACCAGCCCAUCGUGGGCGCAAGCGGGCAACGCAAUGACACAGAGGGCGGACGAGUAACAUACUACUAUGUAUCACAUCAGCCACCACGACAACAACCGCCAUCAGCCCCUCACGCUGGUCCUCACAGAUCCUACGGAACAACAGCACCUGCCGUUGAUCCGGCAACAAGACCACAGCAGCCGCCUCAUCCUUCUGCGCCUGGAGAAAAUGUUGCCGGGGAGGCGAGUAGCAGCGACCAACAUGUUCGCGCACCACCCACGUACGCGGAAGCCGUGAAGGGCGACCAUAAGAUUCAGACUCCGGACUGA